CCUGUGGCUCACACAAAAAUACAUCCUGAUCAGAAACUAGGUGAAAGUGUUCAGCAACUUCUUCUAGCAAAAAUUGCAGUCUACUUGAUGACCUUCUUAAUAGUCACAGUGGCAUGGGCAGCUCACGUAAGGUUGUUUCAGGUGAUAGAGCUUAUAGAUGAUGUCCUCGCUCUUCUAAAUCUGGCUUGUAUGAUGAUCAUAACUUUCUUGCCAUACACAUUUUCCUUAAUGGCCUCGUUUCCAGAGGUACCUUUUGGCAUUUUCCUGUUCAGUGUCUGUGCUGUUGUCAUUGGCCUUAUACAGGCUGUGAUAGUAGUGUAUGGAUUCUAUCACCCACACUUACUGAAUCAACAGAUACAAGUGUCUGAAAAUCAGAAUUUCUAUAAACGUCAUAUCUUAAAGAUUAUUCUAAGAGGACCAGUUUUAUGCUUUUUAGCAGCCAUCUUUUCUUUUUUCUUUAUUCCUUUGUCUUAUGUACUUCUUGGGCUCGUAAUCGUUUUUCCACAUCUCACUCGAUUCAUUACACAGUGUAAAACCAAGAUUGUUGGUCAGAGAGAUGAAGAGGAGGAACACCAUAGCUUAGAAACCUUCACUUUUUACCUCAGUGAACCUCUGAGUAAGGAACGGGUAGAAGCGUUCAGUGAUGGAGUCUACGCUAUUGUAGCAACCCUGCUCAUUUUGGAUAUAUGUGAAGACAACGUCCCUGAUCCCAGAGAAGUUGAGGAGAAGUUCCAUGGCAGCCUUCUUGAAGCUUUAAGUGAAUAUGGGCCAAACUACCUUGCCUACUUUGGCUCAUUUGUAACAAUUGGUCUCCUGUGGUUUGUCCAUCAUUCACUUUUCCUUUAUGUAACAAAAGCUACACGAUUAAUGGGACUGCUUAACAUACUUUCAUUGGCUUUCAUUGGUGGGCUUCCGCUAGCUUACCAGCUGACCAGUGAAUUUGCAGAGAAGUCUCACAAUGAAAUAGAAGCCAUUCAGGUCAGCUGUGUUAUCACUUUCUUUGCCAGCAUAUUUCAGUUUGCAAUAUGGACUACAGCCCUCCUCCAUGAAAGGGAAACUUUGCAUCCUUUUGCUAGAUACGGUGGCAAGGAGCAUGCCUUCAUGUUUGCCAAGCUGGCUCUCUAUCCUUGUGUAAGCCUCGGGGCCUUCUUUCUAACAUGCUUGUUAAGUGAAUUCAGCACACCAAUUUUCCAUCUUAUGCAGAUCAUCAUCCCAUUUGCUUUUCUUGCGCUGCGCAUUUUUGUUAGAAUCUCUUUAACUGUCAUAAAGUCUGUGAUGUCUCUCUCCAGACCGAAGGUGGUAUUGUUAGAAGAAGAGGAGGCGUGUUUGUCUCCUACUGAAACACUGUCCUAA